GUUCCUGCCGAAGCUGACUUGACGCUUCAAUGUCAACACACGCUCAGACACAAUCCACACACACACAGACACACACACACUGACACACAAACACACCUUCGCUGCCUCGCUGUGUGCUGGCCUCAACUUCUACAGACAGGGGAAGCCUCCACGCGCACAGGACGGGUCUGCGGCGCACUUGUCGUCACAACAGAGAUGAUUGAAACUCGACCUGGAUCUGUGACUGAGUGAGGAAUAACCUUCCCUGCAGGAGGCUGCCGGAUCCCUUCUGUGCCAGCACACAGACAGGAUUUAGGUGUUUGCGCUGCUCUGGCGGGAGCUCAACUCCUCCACCGGAGCUGCUCGGAAGCGACAGCGGAACACACACACAAAACUGUUUACACAGACUCAUCACACUACCUCUUUUUAUCCUUACCUCUGUCCUGGCUUUUCUUGUGAUUUGCUGUCCUCGGGGGAGCUCUGAAUCCCCCUUUUUACAGCGCCCAUCAGCUCAUCUCGCCGCCCAUUUACCCAUCUCAUAAUGAACUCCUCUGCCUCCAUCACGUCCCUGUUCUCCUUCACCAGCCCGGCGGUGAAGCGCCUGCUCGGCUGGAAACAAGGGGACGAGGAGGAGAAGUGGGCGGAAAAGGCCGUGGACUCUCUGGUGAAGAAACUGAAGAAGAAGAAAGGGGCGAUGGAGGAGCUGGAGAGAGCCCUCAGCUGUCCUGGGCAGCCCAGCAAGUGCGUGACGAUUCCGCGGUCUCUGGACGGGAGGCUGCAGGUGUCCCACAGGAAGGGUCUGCCCCAUGUCAUCUACUGCAGGGUGUGGCGCUGGCCCGACCUGCAGUCCCACCACGAGCUGAAGGCCCUGGAGUGCUGCGAGUUCCCCUUCGGCUCCAAGCAGAAGGACAUCUGCGUCAACCCGUACCACUACAGGCGCGUGGAGACUCCAGUGCUGCCGCCGGUGCUGGUCCCGCGUCACAGCGAGUUCAACCCUCAGCACAGCCUCCUGGCAAAGUUCCGCAACGCCUCCCUGCACAACGAGCCCCUGAUGCCCCAGAACGCCACCUACCCAGACUCCUUCCCUCCGCUGCCCUGCUCCACCUUCUCCUCCUCCCCUUCCUCCUCCCUCGCCCAGUCUCCCACCUCACAGAGUUACCCCAGCUCCCCAAACAGCUCCGCGGAGCCCGGCAGUCCGUAUCACAUCACAGCCGAGACUCCCCCACCUCCGUACAGCAUGAUGGAGAGCAGCCCUCCAGAGGACGUGAAGCCCAGCAACUCCACAGAAACCCUCAAACUCACACUCUCAGCUCCACACAGAGAUUUACGGCCCGUGUGUUACGAGGAACCGGAGUACUGGUGUUCGGUGGCCUACUACGAGCUCAACAACCGGGUCGGGGAGACUUUCCACGCGUCGUCCCGCAGCGUCCUGGUGGACGGCUUCACGGACCCAUCCAACAACAAGAACCGCUUCUGCCUCGGCCUGCUGUCCAACGUCAACCGCAACUCCACCAUCGAGCACACGCGCAGGCACAUAGGCAAAGGUUUACACCUGUACUACGUGGGCGGCGAGGUGUACGCCGAGUGCCUGAGCGACAGCAGCAUCUUCGUCCAGAGCCGCAACUGCAACUUCCAGCACGGCUUCCACGCCACCACCGUGUGCAAGAUCCCGAGCGGCUGCAGCCUCAAGAUCUUCAACAACCAGCUGUUCGCCCAGCUGCUCGCCCAGUCCGUCAACCACGGCUUCGAGGUCGUCUACGAGCUCACCAAGAUGUGCACCAUCCGCAUGAGCUUCGUCAAGGGCUGGGGUGCCGAAUACCACCGUCAAGACGUGACCAGCACCCCCUGCUGGAUCGAGGUACAUCUGCACGGGCCCCUGCAGUGGCUGGACAAGGUCCUCACACAGAUGGGCUCCCCGCACAACCCCAUUUCUUCGGUGUCCUAACAAGAGCACACACUUCAGAGUGAGCGCGCUCACACAGGUAGUCGUAGAUUCUGUAUAUUCUGCUGCGUCCAGGGUUUUCUGUCCUAUGGUCUCGUGACAUCUCAGACAAACUGCAUACAGCUGUGUCACAUAAGGAAAGACUGAAUUGUAUGUGGAUAAUUUACAGCUUGUGUAGUUCAAUAAUCCAAGAUAAAGCAUUUUAUCUGCUCUCUGCAUUUUCAUUUGGGACAUUAAUCUGCACUCCAAGACAAGAAAAAAAAUGGAUAUAUUUAUAGGUACUCAAAAGACUUGUUUUAUGUGUUGUAAAUGUUAUUAUGGUAGUAUGUACUGUAUUUCCAUGUAAUGUGUGACUUGGUGUACUGGUUGCUUUCUACUUGUUCAAUUAAAGGUUUUUGUCUUUAACUGUCAA